UGGCGCGUGUGAAGUGCAAAUCCAGACGGCGCUUCCCCCAAUUCUGUUCCCUCGCGGCUCCUCGGCCAACCGUGCUCCUGUUGGCCAUCUCUUUCCCGGGGCUGCCGCCGGGCGAUGCCGGUGAUCCGCGCCCCCUCCAUUUUCUUAACGUACGACGUCCCCCCUCCCAAAUCAUUCUCCAACGCUACUUCUCCCCUUAGGGUUAGGCUUAGGGUUAGAUGAUUGGAGUUUUCUUGCAAAGAGAACUCUAAAAACUCCUGUGCCCUGUCGCUUUGUGCACUGCCAUCAAGGAAAUUGAGGAUUGGAGAAUUACUAUUCUUGAAAUUGAAAGAGAUUGGAUCUGAAAUGCGUCAUACGAAUUUAUCAGCGUCACUUUCUACAAAUUCCGAGCGCCAGAAAGAUAAAAAACUUAAGGGUGUGGAUCGCACCAGGGAAUCUGGGAAGAGUAUUGUGGAGGAUGAUUCUACAGACAGCUGUAUAGGAAUCGAGACUAUUAGAAGUGAUCCUAGUAGGCUUGAUUCUAUGACUGUCAAGGAACUCAGGACACUAACAAGGAAUGUAGGAAUCCCUGGAAAAGGCACUAAGAAGGAUCUAAUAUCAGCCCUGAAGGAUUACUCAAUAACACUUGAAAAUGCUAGUGCAGGGUCAAAUUCCCUUUCAGAAGGCAGCAAUACUAUGCCAGCUGCUAAGCCCAUACAGCCUGAAAGUUUGCCCUCUAAAAGAAAGCCUAAGUUUUUGCCCAUUGAAGAGGAUGCUGAAAAUAUGACCACUGUUUCAGAAAUUACUGAAAACAAAGGAAAAAGAAGUAGAAGAAAACAGCAUCCUGUUGAGAGUACUAAUGAAGAUUAUUCCAGUACUGUUAUAACAAAGAAAAAGAUGUCUGCCAAGGCAAAAAAGGUUCAAGAUACAAAAAGAUCCCGGUCAAGUAAUGAAGAUUCCUCAAUUAUUCAAAGUGAUAAAGGAGUAAUGGAUCAAGUUGGUCUCUCUCUUAACCAUGCUGAACCUUGGACUAUACUUGCCCAUAAGAAGCCACAGGCUGGGUGGAUUCCAUAUAAUCCGAAGACAAUGAGGCCUCCUCCUCUUACCCCGGAUACAAAUUUUGUGAAACUUACGUCUUGGAAUGUUAAUGGCUUGAGAGCUUUACUGAAGUUGGAGAGUUUCUCUGCACUUCAAUUGGCACAAAAGGAAGAUUUUGAUGUGCUAUGCUUGCAAGAGACAAAAGAACAGGAGAAGGAUGUGGAAGAGAUCAAGCAGAGUCUGAUUGAGGGCUAUGAUAACAGCUUCUGGACAUGCAGUGUUUCCAAGCUUGGCUACUCUGGUACUGCCAUUAUAUCACGGAUAAAGCCAAUUUCAGUGAAGUAUGGACUUGGCAUACCAGAUCAUGAUGGUGAAGGGAGGCUUGUUACAGUGGAGUUUGAUUCAUUCUACUUAAUUAGUGGUUAUGUGCCUAAUUCUGGUGAUGGCUUAAGAAGAUUGACUUACAGGGUUAAAGAAUGGGAUCCAUCUCUUAGCAAUUACAUGAAAGACCUGGAAAAAUGCAAGCCUGUGAUUUUGACUGGUGACUUGAACUGUGCUCAUCAAGAGAUUGAUAUAUUUAAUCCUGCUGGAAAUCGAAGAAGUGCUGGAUUUACAGAUGAAGAGAGGCAAUCAUUUGAGUCAAACUUUUUGUUGAGAGGCUUUGUGGAUACCUUUAGAAAGCAACAUCCUGGUGUAGUGGCUUAUACCUAUUGGGGUUAUAGGCAUGGUGGGCGCAAAACCAACAAAGGGUGGCGACUUGAUUAUUUUCUUGUCUCAGAAUCCAUAGCGGAUAAAGUAUAUGACUCCUAUGUUCUUCCAGAUGUCAUUGGCAGCGACCAUUGUCCAAUAGGCCUCAUAUUAAAGCUCUAGUUACAUUGCCAGAACUUUUUUAUUUUGGUAAAGGCCAGAUCUUUCUAUUGGUUUUAUGCAAUCUUUUCUAAUAUAGAGGGAUCUUAGCCUGCAUUCUCAGGGAGCUUGAUUCAUGCAGGGUUUAGUGGAAUGGAAUGCCUUAAAUAGAAUUGAUCAGGGGGGCAUUCUGUACCCUACUCUAACCCCAUCUGCAGGUUAGGUUCUCAUCUUAUGCUAAUGGAUGCUCAAGUGAAAAGUUGACUUUUCCUUAUUAAAUAUUUUUGCAAUUCCCGCAAUUAGUGUAUAAAAUUAGUGGCAUGAUGUCAAAGCAAUGCAACAUUGACCUACUUUUGUGACCUUUGGGACCUCGGUGUAUCUGGGCAUUUGAAAAUCAUUUUGUUAUCUUAAACCAGGAACUCAGGAAAAUUCAUAUGGGUUGGACUGGUUGCAAAAAGUGCUCUUUGUCAGCAUGUGGAUUUCAUGUACAACGUUGCCUCCUUUAAAUGUCACUUGACUUUUGCUUUUUUUU